GCACGAAGAGGAUGAACGCAAAAAUAGGGUGGCAUCUUUCGAGCAGCUCGUGUCACAACUCUCGGAACUUAAGUUGUCCGACUAUUGGAUAGUGAGCAGCACGGAAGCUGCUAUUAUGUUUUUACAUAUUCAGAGCAACACACUACCUCCAGAGGUUGAACGUUCUGUGGUCGUUUCCGACGCGUUGCACAUUUCUGCCUACUGGAAAAAGAUGAAGCUGUGCAUUGCUGAUGUUGCCAUUCCAGAAAAACUGGAGGACAUUCGGAGCUUGCAGGCUAUUCUUGAAAGUGUGGAGCAUUUCAAUGCUCCAGACGUCUGUGAAAAAGAAGAAAAGUUGAAAGCCUGCUUCCACAAUAUUUUUUCUCUUCUUGAUGACCUGUCUAAUGGUGACCUCCUGCCAGAAGAGAAAUUAGAAGCACUCGAGUUUCUGAAGGAACAGUUGCGCCUUCUACUUAAAGAGCGAGGAGCUGUGAGAUAUUCUUCAGAUCUUCUUAUACUAGCAAGCAUUUUUCACACGAUCUCUCCUCACGCAUACAAAUUUGUUCGCAACACUGGGAAAUUAAUGUUACCUCAUCCUUCCACAAUAUUAAGGCUGUGCAGCAAGUACAAUGUAAGUCCUGCAAACGAACAAAGCGAUGAAGGCUUUUUGCAGUACAUUACAAAAAAGGUGAGCCUUCUAAAGCCGCAUGAAAGAGUCGUAACGCUCAUGUUAGAUGAAAUUCACAUACAGCAAUAUUUUGAAUAUAAGGGCGGCUCAUUGACAGGGACGGCAUCAAAUUCCUCUCAAGCAGCAAAAACAGCACACGUGUUCAUGACAAAUUCGUUGCUUUCUGCGCACAAAGAUGUGGUACACAUCCUCCCUGUUUUCAGCAUUGAAGCCAGCCAUUUGCACGACAUCUUGAAAAAAGUAAUUUUGGGUCUUGAAAAAGCAGGACUUACAGUAAUUGCCGUUAUCACUGAUAACAACGCCGUGAACCGAAAAGUCAUGUCGUUUUUUUCAAAAAACAAAACAAUAGACAUUGUGUACCCACAUCCAGCAGACAAUUCAAGGCCGCUAUUUUUUGUUGUCGAUACCGUGCAUUUAUUAAAGUGCAUCCGUAACAACUGGUUGAACCAGAAAAAUGAAGGCUGUUCAAUUUUUUAUCCGGAAUUUUCAAGUACGACAUCGCAGGUGCAAGUGAAAAAAGCAACAUUUGAGACACUUCGUGAACUGUACGCCUCCGAGCAGCACAAUCUCUCGAAGCUUGGAUACGGACUUACCUACAAGGCUUUGAACCCCUCCAACCUCGAAAGACAAAACGUGAAACUAGCACUGAAAGUGAUGAGUCCAUUCAUUGCAGAAGCACUCAAAACUUAUGGUGCAAAGCUUGGUUUGAGUUCUGCCCGAGAAACUGCCGAAUUUAUUGAAUUAAUACACAAGUGGUGGUGCGUUGUGAACACUAAAACACCAUCGAAAGGCAAGCGCCUAAGAAAUCCUCUUCAAGCACCCGUAAGAAGUAUGGAGGACAUGCAGCUUCAGUUUCUUAAUACAUUUGUGGACUGGCUUGACACUUGGGAAAACAUGAAGGUUGGCACUGGCCGUGCAGGACUGUUAACCACGGAGACGCACUCGGCACUACGUCUCACGUCGUACUCCUUGAUUGAAGUCAGCCGGUACUGCCUGGAGGAGCUACGUUUUGAAUAUGUCUUGCUUGGAAAGUUUCAGACAGACAGCCUCGAGGAGGGAUUUGGUCGUUACCGUCGGCUAUGUGGAUCCAACUACCAUAUUUCCGUCCAACAAAUAUUUGAAUCAGAAGCCAAACUGAGGCUUCAAAACUCGCUGGUAUUUCCAGACAUGAAAGAACUGUCCCAGCCGAGCAGCAUUGUGUUUGAUGCAGCCAAGGUGAUAGAAGAAUAUGGCAUCAAGGUGACCGAAGAGGACGUGAAAUCAAAAGAGGAAAGCUUGCCUGCAAUAGUGUAUAUUGCAGGUUACUGCGCCCACGCCGCUCUCAGAAAAAUUCCCUGUGAAGAUUGUGCGGCCAACAUCACGAGACGAGAUAGGGAUAUGCCAAUGGGAGAUGAUAUGCUAAUCGAAGGCCUCACAAGAGGGGCCCUCAAGUUUCCCCAACCAGUAGUAAUCAGUGCUGUUCUUCACACACAACUCGUGCUAGAAAAGCUAACCUCAAAAGAGAACAUCGCCCGCUUUCAUGCAGCACGGCACCAAAGGCAGCUUCUUCUCAGUGUGGUGAAGCACCUCUUAAUUGACAAUGAAGAUUUAGACAUUUGUUGCAAAGGACACCAUCCAGACACAGUGCUUCAUAACAUAUUGUGGGCAGCCACCAACACCUUACUGAAAAACUACGUCCAAAUGAAAACCGACAAGUUAACGGCGGCAAAGAAGGGUGCAGCACUGAAGAGAAAACUGAAGACGCUUAAUUAAGGUACCUUUAACGGCUUGAAAAUUCGCCUCAGAAUAAAUAA